AUGGAUAAAAAUAUAACCAUAUCAUAUCCUGAUAGGGGUAUCAAUGAGAUAAAGGAGAGACUUCAUAAUAAAAGGCUUCUUUUGGUGCUCGAUGAUGUAGAUAAAGAAAAUAUAUUGAAGUACUUAGUUGGAGAAGCCGGAGAGGAAUGUGAAGCAGUAGAACUUUUUAGUUGGCAUGCAUUCAAGCAAAAUAAGACUAAAGAAGAAUAUGAGAAACUUUCACACCAUGCAAAAGAUUAUGCCAAAGGCCUUCCACUUGCUCUUAAAGUUUUGGGUUCCUAUUUAAGUAAUAGAAGCAAGCAAGAUUGUUUAACUAUAUUGAAUGGGUUGCAGACCAAGCCUCCCAAAGAAAUUCAUGAAGUUUUAAGAAUUAGUUAUGAAAGCCUUGAUAAGGAAGAGAAGAAUAUUUUUCUUGAUAUCGCGUGUUUCUUCAAAGGAUACAAUAAGAAAUAUGUCUUGGACGUUUCUAAAAGGCCUGAAUCUGACAAGGCUUUUGGAAUAGAAAUUCUUAGAGAGCGGUGCCUCAUUAAUAUAUCAAAAAACAACCACCUGUCAAUGCAUGAUUUGAUACAAGAAAUGGGCCGAGAAAUUGUUUGUCAAGAAUCUGAUGAUCUUAGGAGGCGCAACAGGCUGUGGUCUUAUGAAGACAUCUAUGAAGUAUUUACUGAAAAUACGGGGACAGAAAAUAUUGAAGGCAUUGUGUUACUUGAGAAAGGAUUAUCUUUAGAAGAUGUUGACUUCUUUGAGGGAAGGUUGCAUGUAAGCAUAAAUGCCUUGGCAAAGAUGAGGAAGCUAAGAAUACUCAAAAUUAGUGGCGUGGAACUUCAUGAAUGCCAUAAGUAUCUUUCACAUGAGUUAAGGUUCCCAUUUAUGGAGAAAUUGCUUCUUAGAGGUUGUGAAAGCUUGGUUGAGGUUGGAUUCGAUGACAAGAAGUGUCCAGAGUUCCAUAGAGAGAUGAUAUGUUUAGAGCAUGUUUGGUUUAAUGGGACUGCAAUAAAAGAAUUACCUCCAUCAGUUGGACAUCUCGAAGGGCUUGACGAGUUACAUCUGUGGAAUAGCAAAAUGCUUGGCAGUUUGGACAAUAUUGGUGAAAUGAAGAGUUUAAGAAUGCUUGUGUUGAGUCAUAGUGUAAUAAAAAAGUUACCGUCAUCCAUUGCACAGUUGAGUAUUGUAGAAUUACAUUGGUGUAACUGCAAUUUAGAUGAAGAAUCCUUUGUCAAUCUUCCUCACUCGUUGUGGAAAUUAGAUCUAAGCGGGAAUGACUUUUUAGCUUACGGUCAACCUUCGCUCAACUUACAGACCUUUAUCAACUUGUUUUGGACGAUUGUGUAA